AUGACCUUUUCCCGAUUGGACCUUCAGGAGGGCCUCAGAACCUUCUCAGUUCUGCAACUGCUUCCAUUUUCUGUGAGUUUAGGAAUUGUUUCCAUUCUCAUCUUGCCAUGCUUGUUGUUCACUAAAUACUGGUUCCUGACUGUGCUGACCUAUGCCUGGUUCAUCUAUGAUUGGAACACUCAUGGUCAAGGUGGUAGGCAUUCAGCUUGGUUACGACACUGGACCAUUUGGAAGUAUUUCCAAAGUUACUUCCCAAUAAAGCUGGUGAAAACCCAUGACCUUUCUCCCAAACACAACUACAUCAUUGGCAACCACCCUCAUGGCAUGCUCUCUCAUGGCGCUUUCAUCAACUUUUCCACUGAGGCCACUGGCUUCUCCCAGAUUUUCCCAUCCAUCACACCCUUUUUAGCGACCUUGAAAUGGAUCUUCUGGAUCCCCUUAUUGCGAGAAUAUGUGAUGUCAUUGGGUUUUUCUCCAGUAAGUGAGUCAUCUCUGAGAUACAAGCUGACCCACAAUGGCUUAGGCAAUGCUGUGGUCAUUGUUGUAGGCGGAGCUUCUGAAGUCCCCUUUUGCCAACCAGGAGCUACUACUGUCUACCUCAAAAAUCAUAAAGGUUUUGUGAGGUUGGCAUUGCAGACAGGGGCAUUCCUUGUUCCUUCCUAUUCCUUUGGGGAGAAUGAUGCUUACGCACUAAAGACCUUCUCUGAAGGCACUUGGAUAAGAUUUUUCCAAAAAUACUACCAGAAAAUAAUCAAGUCAUUCUCAGGUUUAAACAUAUGUCUCUUCUAUGGCCGAGGACUCACUCGUGGAUCCUGGGGCUUCCUGCCUUUCAAUAGACCCAUUACCACUGUUGUUGGGGAACCCCUGCCAGUCCCCAAGACUAACAAGCCUAACAAGGAGACUGUGGACAAGUACCAUGCACUCUACAUCAAUGCUCUGCGCAAACUCUUUGACCAAUAUAAAGUUGAAUGUGGCCUUUCUGAAACCCAAGAGCUGACUGUCAUAUAACAAGAGCCAUUUCUCUAUUACUAAAUCCACAAAUCCACGAGGGAUCUGAUUGGAGACACAGGAAGUAAAAAUUGGGGAGACAGAUGUCUAGAAUAGUAAAGGGAACCAGCCAAGCCAAAAACGACUUAAUACACCAAUGUUCUAGCAAUGGUAUCCUCUCAUAAGUGUUUAACCCAGAUUUGGGGGGCAGAAAGCAGAGAGACAGGGAAGAGUCAGGAAGGGGUGACUGGUACAGGAGGCAGCUCUAUAACCCUGUUUAGACGUCUUGUGAAUAACUCUAGCCAGCUAUCUAAUCGAAGUAAUGAGAAAGUAACAAACCUU